UUAAAUUUAACUCAGCUCAUUAGCUCUGUAAUUUUCCUUUAUAUAUCCACUAUUCCAAUAAUCACCCAAACACACUCUUAAUUUAAUUACCUUCCUAAUUACAUACUAAUCAAACGAAGAGAUGUCCUACAACAUCCCAUGGAAGGCUCGCAUCCCAUUGUUCAUAUUUUCCACCGCCGUUUCUGCCUCUUGCAGGCCUAACUUCACCGUCAACCGCCGUCUCUGGAGCUUCUUCGACUUCAAAGUCCCUGCUUCUCAAACUCCUCAAAAUGGUGUCAAAACUUCCGAUAUCAUCAUUGACUCCUCCCGUGAUCUUUGGUUCCGCCUUUACGUCCCUUCCUCCGCCUCCAACACCACUAGCAGCCCUACAAUCAUCUACAUGCAUGGCGGAGGAUUUUGUUUCUUCACAGCGGACUCUAUAGCCACUGAAAUGCGCUGCCAGAGACUUGCGUCUGAACUAGAAGCCAUUAUUGUCUCUGUCAACUACCGGCUUGCUCCGGAGCAUAGGUUUCCAUGCCAGUACGAGGACUGCUUUGAUAUCCUCAAAUUUAUCGAUGAGAAUUUUGGUUGUUUACCUCCUUCUGCUGAUCCAAACCAAUGUUUUCUGGUCGGAGAUAGUGCCGGCGGGAACCUGAUCCACCAUUCGGCCAUCAGAGCAAGUGGGUAUGACUUCCAGAAGUUGAAGAUAAUUGGCUUAAUAUCGGUGCAGCCAUUUUUCGGUGGAGAAGAGAGGACAGAAUCGGAGAUCCGAUUGGUUGGAACUCCGGUUCUAAAUGUGAAGCUUGCGGAUUGGUUUUGGAAGGCGUUUUUACCAGAUGGGUCGGACCGAGACCACCGGGCAGCGAAUGUUUUCGGACCCAAGUCGGAUAAUAUAUCGGGUGUGAAGUUUCCUGCUAUGCUUCUUGUGAUUGGAGGGUUUGAUACAUUGCAAGAUUGGCAAAGGAAAUACUACCAAUGGAUGAAGAAAGAAGGAAAACAAGUGUAUUUGGUGGAAUAUCCGAAUGCAAUCCACGGGUUUAGUGGGUUUCCGGAUCUACCCGAAUAUUCAUUGUUCUUCAAGGAGAUGAAGAAUUUCGUAAAAAAACAAUACAGGGGCAUAAUUUAA